AUGCACCUUGCCCAGGAAGCUCCUGUGACAGGUGUGAACCAAUCUCGACAAAGCAAAGCAAAUAACUGGGCGCGACACAGUCUAGAGGUGUGGUUUCGCAAUUUAACCCACAGCAUUGUGGGAAGGUUGACGAUGCCCGUCCAUAUGAAUCGGUUUUACGCAAGAGUUUAGAUAACAUAUUUUCCCUCAAGUGUCGGCCUUAGCCUCAUAUUGCAGCUUCACGAUGGUGAGUAAAAUGUCGGCUUUUGGUGUCAUGUUCAAGUUUGGACAUAUUUUACAGGGCAAGUAAAUUCUCUCUGUGGAACAUGCACCUGUCCAAAAGGUGAGUAACUAUGUGGUCUAUGGCGGUCAGUCUGCGCAUAACGACUAUUAAAGCUAGCACUUGCACACAGGCUACGCUACAGCACACUCAGUUCCUUUGGCUUGUCCUUGCACUUGAGUCUUGUCGUCUCCACCUGUUUGCCCGGAGGCUACAGUAGCCUAAAGAAGCGUUGCUAGCUGGCACCACUGAAACCACCUCUCCCACUUGAACAGUUGUGCCUUCUGUCUUGCUUAAGAAGCUCUUUAUCAAUGGGUUGUUGCACAAUGUCUUGUUUUUAUAGUAGAACAUCUUGAAAGUAAUGUGUAAGUUAAAUUUUUGCUUAAACUGUCCAUUAUAAGUCUGACUGUGGAGAAUAGUGAAAUAUUGUUUAUGUCUGGCACAACAACCACUUAUUAGUUAGAAGUGUUGUUUUGAAUUGUGGUUUGGAUUGAAGCACUUCAUCUAGGCCUAAUGAGUGUGUAAUUGUGGGGUGUGUCCAACGUGUCUGAGUAUGUGUGAGUGAGUAGCCUUCAUGAAUGUAUCAGUGUAUUUCUGUGUAUGUGAAUAUGUAUUAAUGCAGUUACUGAUUAACUAGGCGUUAACAACAUGGUUUGACCUGAGUGACACCAGAGAGAACCUAAUGAACAAGAGGAACUGUUCUGCUUCAAUCUGUUGCCUGCAAUAAUACCCAUUCUAUUUCUAUGAUUUGGGUCCCAUGCGGGUCAACUUCCUGCCCCCUCUCCCCACAGAUGCGCUUCCUGCUGCUGUUCAGCCGGCAGGGGAAGCUGCGACUGCAGAAGUGGUUCACUCCGGUGACGGAGAGAGAGAAAAAGAAGGUGAUCAGGGAAAUGACUCUGAUGGUGUUGGCUCGCCCUCCCCGCUCCUGUAACUUCCUCCACUGGAGGGACCUCAAGAUUGUUUACAAGAGGUGACUGAGGAAGAAGAAUCUCUGUUUGAGUCUGAGCUGGAUCUGUCUGUGGUUUACCUUCGAUCGCUUUCUCUUAUACCCCUUCUCUCUGUCUCUGAUUUGCUUUAUUUGGCAGAUUAUUUGUUUUCCUAUGUUUGACUUCUGUCUUUUCUUCUUUUGUCUGUUUCUCUGUUGACCCCUAUUGCUGUCUGUGUUUCUCUCCCUCUCACUAUUGUCUCUGGGCUGAAACAGACUAUGGUGCCUGUGUACUGUAGGGGUGUGGAGGGAGGGAGGUGAGGGAUGGGGGAGGGAGGGAGGGAGGGAGGGAGGGAGGGAGGGAGGGAGGGAGGGAGAGAGGGAGGGGGGGAGGGGGUAGACUAGAACCAUCCUUGGCCAUGUUAUUAGUGGUUAAUGUUUAACCUCCUAAACCCAUCCUCCUCACCAAUCCUUCUUACACACACAUGCAAACACACACAAAAAAAACAUACGCGUGCACACGCCCAAGUUAAAGUUAAAUAUACACUGAGUGUACAAAACAUUAGGAACACCUUCCUAAUAUUGAGUUUCACCCCCUUUUUCCCUCAGAACAGCCUCAAUUUGUCAAAGCAUGGACUCUACAAGGUGUCAAAAGCAUUCCACAGGGAUGCUGGCCCAUGUUGACUCCAAUGUUUCCCACAGUUGUCAAGUUGGCUGGAUGUCCUUUGGGUGGUGAACCAUUCUUGAUUCACACGGGAAACUGUUGAGCGUGAAAAACCUAGCAGCGCUGCUGUUCUUGACACACUCAAACCAGUGCGCCUGGCACCUACUACCAUACCUCAUUCAAAGGCACUUUCACCCUCUGAAUGGCACACAUACACAAUCCAUGUCUCAAUAAAAGUCCUUUAACCUGUCUCCUUCCCUUCAUCUACACUGAUUUGAAGUGGAUUUAACAAGUGACAAUCAAUAAAGGAUCAAAGCUUUCACCUGGAUUCACUUGGUCAGUCUGUCAUGGAAAGAGCAGGUGUUUCUAAUGUUUUGUACACUGCGUACAUGUUAAACACAUAACAGACGAGCAGAUUGUUCUACCCUUACAGUCACUAUAUGGCUUAACCUUAAGCAUUAACCUCUAUGGUAAAGUGAUUUGCAUAUAAACAUAACAACCGUAACCCUGUUCCUUGACCUCUGAACCCCUGACCCCUUGCUCCCUUGAAGGUAUGCCAGCCUCUACUUCUGCUGUGGUCUGGAGGACCAGGACAAUGAACUGUUGACCCUGGAGGUGCUGCAUCGAUAUGUCGAGCUGCUGGACAAAUACUUUGGCAAUGUAAGCAUAAUGUACAGGCAAUGUAAGGGCUAUUCAUUGGCAGGUGAAGGUCUCUGGGGGCAAGUUGAAAGAGAACACAGGGAAAGUAUAGGUUAAAUUGGUGAAUAGAAACUAAAUGUUAAGGUCUAUGUGCUUUUACAAUAUUUUCAACAUUGUAUAAUCUUAAUGGUGUCUAUUUCCUCAGCGAUGUGCUGUUGUGUCGCCCUGUCUGCUCUGUGUCGCCCUGUCUGCUCUGUGUCGCCCUGUCUGCUCUGUGUCGCCCUGUCUGCUCUGUGUCGCCCUGUCUGCUCUGUGUCGCCCUGUCUGCUCUGUGUCGCCCUGUCUGCUCUGUGUCGCCCUGUCUGCUCUGCUACAUGUGUGUGGGUUGGAUAUCAUCUUUAACUUUGACAAGGCCUACUUCAUCGUGUGUGUGCACGUUUUAGUCCCCUCAAGAAUAGUAAACCAACUAAAAUUCAGAGAAGUGUGGACAUUUUGCCGGUCCUCAAUUGUAAAAAGGCUAUUUUAGGCUUAGGGGUUAGAGUUAGGAUUAGGGGUUAAGGUUAGGGCUAGUGUUAGGUUGGGGUUAGGGAAAAUAGGAUUUUGAAUGGGACUCAAUUAAUGGUCCCCAAAAAGACCUGUGUCUGUGCGUGCGUGUGGUUAUUAGGGAAUUACAUGAAAAGUGGAGGCUUGUGCUGAAAGUAAAAUGAUGUGGUUGGUCUAUCAGUAAAAUACAUCAACAGACACACUGAGACUCCACUCUAAUCUAUUGUUACAAUGACAAAACAGAAGCGAUCUGAAAGUGUAUCAUGAAUCAGGAUCCAUAGUAAACAAAUCAUGCUACCAUACUCAUCUAUCGGAGUGCUGACUCCCAACAGAAAAUGUAUGAUUGAAAGUGACGGCGUCACCCUGAUGUGCGCCAGACAGGACUCGACAGGCAACCAAAAUAUAAGACCACUGGCUGACGACAGCCCCGUCACAGGCACCUCCCGUAGCGCACGGUCUCUUUCUGCAGUCCCCUGCAACCCUGCCUCAUUCUUUGGUCCAACGAUGGAAUUUAACUAUGGACAUGUGCAUGCGCGCUGCAGGUGUGUGAGCUGGACAUCAUCUUUAACUUUGAGAAGGCCUACUUCAUCCUGGAUGAGUUCCUGAUGGGAGGAGAGAUCCUGGAGACCUCUAAGACAGCUGUGGGCACUGCUAUAGAGGAGGCAGAGACACUACAGGAGGUGACACACACAUACACAUGCACACACACACAGUCACUUAAGUGUGACACACUUGCCUAAAUAUUUAAAUAUGUUUUUUCUGUUCUCUCAACAGACAAUGGAGGAGUAUAUGAGUAAGCCGACCUACUGAACCUAUAACAGGGACGUGAGUCGAAUCUUGAGACUGAAGAAUCCUUUCCUCAAUCGCCAUAAGUGCCAAAACAUUUAAACGAUUAAACUGUAGUACACUCUUCCAUUCAGACAGCAUACAUAGUCUGUUGUUUUAUAUAAGCACCUUCUAAAAGAUGCAUUAGGAGUUUUUAUAAUUUAGGAGUUCGUUUU